AUGGCUGCGGAGAUGUGGAACCAAUUGAAGUUAGUAAAGGAGGCGAGUGGACAACUGGGGAUAAUGGAGUACCGAAGGAAAUUCUAUCGCACAGUUGCCACGGAAGGCAGCGAUAUCGCAGCGCAUAUCACGGAGCUCCGCCGGACACAGGAGCAGCUACACAUGAUGGGUAGCAAGGUGUCGGAUGACGAAUUUUGA